GGCGACUUUGUUGCCGCGGAGCCACCGGAGAGGAAACGGCUGAGCGAAAUCUCUCGGAAAAGUGUCAACAGUUUCGGGGGGGGAAACGGCUCGACCGGGCGCCUGUUGCCGGGAUUUGGCGGUGGCAGCCGUUUUGCGAACUUGUCGGCGGAUUUGAACUUUGCGCUUUGGUCGAAAAAAAAGAGGAGGUCUUUCACAAAGUUGAGCCGAAGAGGAGUUCUCUCAUUCAGGAUGUCGGACUGAGACAAAGGGGUCUGGGGGGGCAUUCCCGUCGGAGCGCAGGUAAAACUUGAUUCUUGAAGUCCCCUCUGGAUGGGAAAAAUGGAGAGGGAGCUGCAAUGGUGGAAAGGACAGCUAGCUGCAGAUAUCCAUCAAUCCCUCCGCAUCAAGGAGCUGAAGUUACCGGUCUACCGGGCCCACUCUCCACAGAUUGGCAUGCGACGGUACUUUGCAGACUUGUUGGCCAUCCUCAGUAAUCGCUACCAGCUAUGUCCUACAGCGCGUCACCUGGCCGUCUACCUGCUGGACUUGUUCAUGGACCACUACGAUGUGGCCGUUAAGCAGCUUUACGUGAUUGCCCUCUCUUGUCUGCUCCUAGCUAGUAAGUUUGAGGAGAAAGAGGACCGGGUUCCCAAACUGGAGCAGCUGAACUCUCUGGGUUUUAUGUGCAGCCUGAACCUGGUUCUCAACAAGAGGGAUCUGAUCAAAAUGGAGCUUCUGCUGCUGGAGACCUUCGGCUGGAAUCUGUGCAUGCCCACACCCGCCCACUUUAUUGACUACUACCUCCAUGCCUCGGUGCAGGAGGGUGACCUAUACAACGGCUGGCCCCUGUCCUCGCUCUCCAAGACCAAGGCUUUCAUGGACAAAUACACUCACUAUUUUCUGGAAGUCUCACUCCAAGAUCAUUCCUUCCUGAGUUUCCGACCGUCCCAGGUCGCUGCUGCGUGUGUGGCAGCAUCUCGCAUUUGCCUCCAGAUUUCCCCAAGCUGGACCACCGCUCUGCAUCUGCUAACAGGCUACACCUGGGACCACCUCACCCAGUGCAUUGAACUUAUGCUGCUUGCUCAUGACAACGACGUCAAGGAGGCCAACAAAACCAAAUCCACUCCUCCUCACCGACCUUCCUCCCUGCAGUCCCAGCCCCAGACCUCUCACCUCUCUCCAGUGUCCGUCAUCCAGAGACCAGCCUCCUCUUCUUCCUCUUCCUCUUCCUCCUCCGCCUCCACACCACAGCUGCUCUUUCAGCCUGAUGGCUUCCCACACCUGUCCCAGCUGCAAGCGCUAGCUGACUCCCAGGCUCUGGGGCCUGUGGUGAACAUGUCUCAGGACUUCCUUCAGAGCCACAGGAUGGGUCUUCUAACUGGGGCUCCCUCCAUGACUCCUGGGAGUGGGUUCCCCUCCUACCCGAGCCUGACCUCUGGUCUACAGCCGGGGGCUCGGGCGCUGCCGCUCCAGGGCCCGAUAUCUGUGCAGAUGGCCCUCGCCGGAGAGCCGCGACACUGUCUGAGUAUGGCCUACAGUGGGAGCUACCUGGGGGCCCAUCACACCUUCACAGCCAGCUGCUUUGACAGGUGACGCCAGGAGACGGAGAGGGAUCACAAACCCCCGCGGGAGUGCACUGCUAUGUUUCCAUCCCAGCUCCCGCCCCUGAAACAUCCACUCACAGACCUCCUCUCUCUCUCCGUCGGCACCGCAACACCUUCAGCAUGUCCAACUCCCCCGUCCCUCUCACAGAGACGCCUCAAACGCAAGCAGAGGUCCAAAGGCAAGACAGACCCGGUGGAAGUCAUCACACUGACGUGACAAACGCUCCACCGACUCGACUGAGGCAUUGCAGAAAUGUUAUUGCCAUAUUCUGAGCUGGUUUUAUUAAUUUGUGUUAUUAUGAGACUGUCAUCACUGUGAAUGAGAUGAAAGCAGCAGUGUGAUCUCACACCCACCUCAUUCAGUGCCUGUUCUCAGUUGUGUGAUAGCUGAGCCAAUUUUAGAAGUGCACAGAACACAAAGUAUCUGUGAUAAGGAUAUCUUGCUGCUUGACAUUUUUUUUUGUAAUUUCUAAUUCCCAAAAAAAAAAAGAACCCAUUUUAGAGAGAAAAAUUGGCUGGUAUUGUUUCUUGAGCCACCAUUUGAGAGAGACAGAAGAAGACAACAGAGGCUUGUUUCUGACUUUGCAAGAAGCAAAAAAGGCCGUGCGUGUCCGUGAAAUCUUUGGUUGUGUGUCCUUAAUGUCAGUGAACAUUGAUCUAACACCUGCCAGCUGAACGGCACCUCUGGGAAUUCCUCACCACAGAAGACCUCAGAAGGGGGGAAGAAACAAUUCACCGUUUUGUUCACGGCAGACGAAGUCCCCAGCUCGGACGCGUCUUUGUCGUUCCUCUCCGCUCUAUCCUCGUCAUCUCUUCUCUCCCACCUCCAAAGCCGAGCCUUGUGGCAGAGCUGUCACACACCCUGGUGAAAAUGUGGCUCUCUUGAAGCUGCAGGCUUUGUCAUACUAAAGUUUUAAGUUCUCCAGCGUCCACCGCUCAAAGAAUUGAACACUAACGCGAUGUGACUGUACCAGCUUGGUGAAGGAGAUGUUGGUUGUGUAUUGUAUAUAUGAAUUGCUGCUGCCUUCUUAUGAACUGUUGGUUCUGUGUCUGUGUUAAUGACUCCAAUGUUUACAUGAACCACUAAGUAUCAGGGACUUGAACAAGAUUACUUGAAUAUGAUGCCAUUGAAACAUGCCAUAGCUUUUAUUUAUGAUGACUCUUUUUUUUCUUGUUCUUCAUUUUUUAAAUUCAUUUUGUUUGAUAUAGCGUAGCUUUUUUUUAUAUAUAUAUCUAUCAUCUUAGAAACGCCCAUUGAUUAAUUAUAGUUUUCUUUGUACCUGUUCAUAGAAACUGUUUAUUCAGGCUCAGGAUUUAAGGCUGAAACUAGCGGCCUGCUCAUCAUUCUGUGCUAUUAUGCUUUAAAGUGGAUGCUAAUGCAGCAUCUGUGGGGUCUGAAGUGCCCCCUCCCCUUCAUCACUGGACCAUACCAUGCUCACAACUCAGUAACUGAAUGCACAAAACGGUUAAAUGUUUGCGUCGCAGUGGAACAGCCCUGUGGUCACUGGUUUCACACAGAAACAUCUGUAGCCGGUCGUCUGUAAUUGCUUCCAAGAUUUCUAAAGCUGCAAUCCCCAAUCUUCCACUUCCUGUUAAAGUAUAAACACAUCCAGAUUCCCGGUGCCAGUUGCCCACUGGUUACCAUGGCGAUACCUAAGAUGACCAUGGACCCCAGCUUUUUGGAUGCCACUGGCUGAAUUAGGUUUGUUUUCAAUGACGAUGAAUCUGUCGAUUAUAAUCUUGAUUAAUUUCUCAAAGUAGUGACAAAUACACAUUAUUACCAAAUCAGAUAGCUUUGCAUUACCCAACCAAGAAUCUUAAACUCAAAGAUACUCAGCUUCUUAUCAUGUUUGAUGAAGAGGAGCAUAGAAUUUCACAUGUGAGAAGCUGGAACUAGGAAAUGUUUCACAUUUCUGCACAUUUCACAAAUAAAUUCCUCACUCCAGCUGUAGAGUGAGCUGAAACCAACGCCUGCUCAGUGUUGUGGGAAAUUUUGAGCUUGAUCUGGAAGAAAUUCUUAUUAACUUAUGGUUGCAGGUUCUCACACAAACUUUGAACUGCCUGUAGUUUAAAUGUUCUGACUUUACAUUUCAAACAGUUUUGCCGUGGACACAGGACACCUCACUCUUGUCACUGCCUUGUCCUCGGCAGCUGCAACGCUCGAGCUGUGAACCUCGAAUUAAUAGUCAAGACACAAUAACACUACAUGAAGCCGCGUGAAUACAGCAAAGCUCAGACUAGUGUAAUCGCAAAUCACCAGGUUUUUUUUUUUACAGCCAGAUAUCAGUCUGUUUUCCCACCACUGUAAGGGACAUACUAACGUGCUUUUCAGUGAUAUGAACUAAGAUACUAUGCCUUCGUUUUGCUAACUUUCAUGUACAGUUUUAUUCUAUUUUUUACAUUCCCUUUGUUUUCAUUGUAUUUUUAGUUAAAGCUUUUUUGUGAUUCUUUUGAUGAAUGCUGUUGGUGUGAACUAGAUUUUUAUUUUCUUCGAGUUCAACUUGCUCUUCUCCUCAUAAUUCAAGAGCAACUUCUCACUGAGGUGUCAAAGGUGCAAUAUGUUGUUUUUUUCCCUGUUUAAACUGACCACAGCCAUCACUGUCUCGUGUACACCACUGGUUCAUCUUUUUGUAACUUAUUUUUUGAUGAUUGUGUGAUUUGACUUGCUGUAGCUUGGUUUCCUCUAGAGGGCAGUGGGCUCUGAACACAAUGAAUAUGUUGCAUAUUGCAGCCACUUCCUUUGAGUGAUAGAUAUGACUGAAUGCUUUUUGUCUUUUAGCUAGAGUUUCACUGUGCAUUUUUCCGUCCCCCGUGAAAGGUGCUGAUGUCACUCACACCAAACAACACUCGUCUAAUGUGAGAGUUAAUGAAAUGACACCACAAACUUCCAAUUAAUAUUUUUAUAUUCUUUUGUACCAAUCUGUAGUCUCGGCUUAUGGACACUGAAUGAUAAAAGGAAUUAUUUUAUCAUAAGGUGCCAUGGAAAAAUAAACACACAAGUG